AUGGUGCUCAUCCUAAAGGGUGCACUGGACCUAAACCAAAGUGGCAACGUUGCAGCUUACUGGAAGGUCAUUCUGGGCAAGAACAGAGAAAAUGACAGCGAGGACAACAAUGAGCAUGGUAGUUACGUGACACAGGUGAUCAUUCAUGAAAGUUACAACCGCAGCAACUAUGACAACGACAUCGCCGUCAUGGUGCUUGCUAGUCCACUACCAGAGGAAAGUCAGUUCAUCAACUCAGUGUGUUGGGACGCGGGUGGCAGUAAGGGCUUCGACAGCACCGCUGUGUGUUACAUCGCUGGGUUUGGCCGCACACAGGAGGGCGGUACAACUGCUGAUGUUCUUCAGGAAGCAAUGGUUCCCUUUUACGACACCAGAGAUUGCAGAAAUGCUUACCCUGGAAAGAUUACGGACAACAUGAUCUGUGCAGGAUACAUGAAAGGAGGGAUUGAUUCCUGCCAGGGUGACUCCGGCGGUCCAUUGGUGUGCAGUAGACGGGAUGAGUCAGCGAACGUUGAGCGGUGGUAUCUGGCAGGGAUCACAAGCUGGGGCUACGGGUGUGCCAGACCGAACUACCCCGGUGUUUACACCAAAGUGGCUCGUUACGGAUACUGGCUCGAAAACGUCUUUGCAUCACUCAGUGGGAAAUAGUUUAAUCCCAAAACAAUCAUAAAAUUCAUAUUGACAAAUAGGUCAAAGUAACUGUGAUGAUAAUUUCACUG